UAGGGAGUGUGUAUGAGAGAGAGAGAGGGAGAGAGUUUGCUUGCUUGCUUGCUUGCUGUAGCCGCACUAAAGAGUACGCUUGCGAAUUUUUUGCAUGUCAGGAGCGGAUGAGGAUCCUGCCGCCAGCCGGUCUUCGGCCGCUGCCCGUUUCUCCGCUUGUUCCUAAUUAACGAGCGGCAUGUGGAAUUGCGCGAGGAUAACCAAGUGGCUUUGCGUCGCGUCCCUGCUCUUAACGACGUGGACCAAGGUGUCCUGGGCUUCGGGCUAUUUCGAGCUGCAGCUGAUGAGUGUGGAGAAUGUGAACGGGGAGCUCUGGGAUGGAGAAUGCUGCGACGGCGCGCGCAACUCUCGGGACCAGCGGUGCACGCGCGACGAGUGCGACACGUACUUUAAAGUGUGCUUGAAGGAGUACCAGAGCGAGGUGAUCGCCACCGGCCUCUGCAACUUCGGCAGCGGAUCUACAGGCGUGCUGGGUGGGAAUAUAUUCUCUUUUAAAAACGCUAACAGCAACAAGAUCAGCGACGCCGGGAAGAUCGUCAUCCCUUUCCAGUUUGCGUGGCCGCGAUCCUACACACUCGUUGUGGAUGCCUGGGACUGGGACAAUACCACGCAAAACGGUGAGGAGCUGCUGAUUGAGCGACAUGCUCACACGGGCGUGGCAAACCCUGGCGACCCAUGGCAGGUUAUUGUCCAUACUGGCGCCACGGCCCACCUGGAGUACCGCGUCCGCAUCAAGUGUGACGAGAACUACUACGGCAGCAAGUGUAACAAGCAGUGCCGGCCUCGUGACGACUACUUCGGGCAUUACCGCUGCGAUCCUUCAGGAAAUAUCAUCUGUCUGGAAGGAUGGAUGGGAGCCGACUGUCGAUCUGCGAUCUGUAAGCAGGGCUGUAAUCUGAUUCAUGGAGGCUGCUCAGUGCCCGGGGAAUGCACGUGUAACUAUGGCUGGCAGGGUGAUUUCUGUGACGAGUGUCUACCCUACCCGGGCUGCGUGCAUGGGACCUGCGAUAUCCCGUGGCAUUGUAACUGCGAGAAGAACUGGGGUGGACUGCUCUGUGAUAAAGAUCUGAACUACUGUGGGAGGCACCAUCCCUGCGUGAACGGAGGCACCUGCAUCAACUCUGAGCCGAAUGAGUACAACUGCGCCUGUCCGGAAGGAUACUCGGGCAAGAACUGCGAGAUCGCUGAGCAUGCCUGCGUGUCCAACCCAUGUGCCAAUGGUGGCACCUGCCAUGAGGUUCCUUCUGGCUUUGAGUGUCAGUGUCCUCCAGGAUGGGAGGGUCCUACCUGUGCUAAAGACAUGGACGAGUGUGCCUCCAGUCCCUGUGCUCACGGAGGAACAUGUAUCGACCUGGAUAAUAGCUUCGAGUGUCUCUGUCCUCCUCAGUGGACUGGGACGACCUGCAAAAUUGACGUGAAUGAGUGUUCGGGGAAGCCUUGCAAAAAUGCUGACUCUUGCAAAAAUUUGAUUGGUGGAUAUCACUGUGUCUGCUUACAAGGAUGGGCUGGACAGAACUGUGACAUCAUAAAUGGCUGCCGUGGACAGUGCCAGAACGGAGCGACCUGCAAGGAAGGGGCAUUGGGAGGAUACCACUGCCAGUGUCCACCAGGCUUCGUAGGCAUUCACUGUGAGAUUCAAAGGAACAAAUGUGCCAGCAGCCCCUGUCAGAAUGGUGGUCGCUGUCACGUGGUGCUGGAUAGUUUCGUGUGCGAAUGCAUGCCUGACUAUGCCGGGACGCUGUGCGAGGUGCCAAGCCAUUGGAACUCGAACCUUUGUGAGCCCAACCCAUGUAAGAAUGAAGCAACCUGCCACAGUAUGCUGGGAGAUUUUUACUGUGCGUGCACUGAGGACUAUGAGGGAAAGACCUGUGCUGAUCGCAAGGAUCACUGCAGGACCGCCCCCUGCCAGGUGAUCGACAGCUGCACAAUCACUGUAGCGAGCAACACCUCAGUCGGAGGCGUGAGACGCAUCUCCUCCAAUGUAUGUGGGUCUCAUGGCCACUGCAUCAGUCAGCCCAGUGGCAACUUCACCUGCACCUGUGACCCUGGCUUUACCGGCACUUAUUGCCAUGAAAACGUGAAUGACUGUGUGAGUAGCCCAUGCCGCAAUGGGGGAACCUGCAUCGAUGGGGUCAACUCUUUCCAGUGCUUCUGUCCUGAUGGCUGGGAGGGCAAACUAUGUGACCUCAAUGUGAACGAGUGCAGCAGGAACCCAUGUAAGAACGGGGGCCGCUGUCAAGACCUGGUCAAUGACUUCUACUGUGAGUGCGCUGAUGGCUGGAAGGGUAAAACAUGUCACUCGCGUGAGAGCCAGUGUGACUCUAGUACUUGUGCCAACGCGGGUACGUGCUAUGACCAUGGAGACACCUUCCGCUGUGCUUGUCUGCCUGGCUGGGGUGGACACACCUGCAACUUGGCAAAGAACAGCACGUGUGCUUCCAGUCCAUGUGUUAAUGGAGGAACAUGUGUGGGAGGUGGUGACAUGUUUACCUGCAUUUGUAAAGAUGGCUGGGAGGGACCUACCUGUUCACAGAACAUCAAUGACUGCAACCCUCACCCUUGCUAUAACGGAGGAAUCUGCGUGGAUGGCGUAAACUGGUUCCGCUGUGAGUGCACCCCAGGCUUCGCCGGCCCUGAUUGUCGCAUCAACAUUGACGAAUGCCAGUCAUCACCCUGUGCAUACGGAGCUACGUGUGUGGAUGAGAUCAAUGGCUUCCGAUGCAUAUGCCCACUCGGGCGCUCUGGACGUCGAUGCCAAGAGUUCAUAGGCAUUGGGAAGAUGUGUCAUUAUACUGGGCUGCAGUUCCCUCAUGGCAGCCAAUGGGAGGAAGACUGCAACACCUGUCAGUGUCUUAAUGGCAAAGUAGAGUGUACAAAGGUGGUUUGUGGCAGGCGCCCAUGUCUUCUGCCAGGAGCCCCAGGGAGAGAGCAUCACAUCUGUCCAGCGGGUCGUGAGUGCCUAGAACAUGGCUUCCUCACCUGCCUCUCUCCCCCAUGCCACCACUGGGGCUUCUGCUCAAGUCCCGAUGCCCCACCAGCUCUUCACACAAAGUGUGAGCCCAAUACAGGAUACUUGGGUAACAGCUGUGCCCGGAUUACUCUCAUCUUCAACCGGGACAAGCUCCCCACGGGUACAACAGUGGAGAAUGUAUGCUCGGAGCUGAGGUACCUGCCUGCUACACGAAGCCUUGCCAAAGAUAAUGCCCUGUUGGUUCUUUGUGAACUCUCCUACUCCAACCAGGAUGCAGUAGAGGUGGCCAUGUCUUUCCAGCAGGACGAGCAGCCUGACCACAGUCGGAUCCAGGAGGCGGCCAGCACCAUCGUCAGCACGCUGUCCAAGCGCCACAACAGCACCAUCAUGCUGGCUGUCAUCGAGGUCAAAGUGGAGACACGGGUCGUGCCUCAGUCUGUGGAUUACCUAGUGCCUGUGCUGUGCGUGGUCUUCUGUGCGCUCUGGGUGUUCUGUGUGAUCGUGUGCGUGUGGUGGACACGUAAGCGACGAAAAGCGCGCGAGAGGCGUGAGCAUGCAUCUGUGGAGGAAAGCGUCAACAACCAGUGGGAGCCACUGCGACCAGUGACACGGCAGCAGCACAAGGACAACCGCGAUGCUGAAUACGAGCGCGCCAAGCUGAUGGGCAACGCCGAGCGGGCGUGCAAAGGCUGCGAAGACGACCAGCUGGAGGAAGAGGACGAGGAGGAAGACGAACUGAAGCGGUGUGAGAAGUGGUGUGGGACAGAGGGCAGCAAGAGGCCCAUCCAAAAGUACUCGAAAGCAACAGUGCAAGUGAACAGCGAGCUGAUCUGCACCACGCGCAGCAGCACUGCACCCAUCAAAGCACCUCACCGGACAGCCCGCAGCCACAAAGACAACCGCUGGAAAAACACAAACCGCGCCGCUGGCCAAGACCCCAAAGAGCUGUAUGUAUAGACGCUAUUGCACAGACCCGGGCACAAAGAGAGGCUCUUCUUCUGACGAAGAAAACAAGACUGUCGAGUUUGAGAGAGAGAGAGAUGGAGAACUUUGGGUUUUUUCCUUUCGUUUUCACCUUUUUAUUUAAUGUGCAGAGACUGAGUCUGAUUUUUUUGUUUGGGUUUUUUUUUUUUUCCCCUUGAAACAUUUUUUUUUUUUUAUUAUUUCUGUUGUACAGAUGAAGUGAAUUUGUUUUACUUUAUAAGAAAAGGUGAAGAGAUGGCCACUUUUUGUUUGGUUUUUUUUUCCUUUCAAAAUGUACUGCUGAAAGAAAUUGAGCAGGAAAUUAAGGAGAAAAAUAAACUGUGGAAAGACUUUCGUUUCAUGUUUACAGAUGAUUCUGGUUUUAUUCACUUGUGAGUGGCCUGUAAUUUUGAUGGAGCUGCCAGUGAAGUGCACUGGCCCUGUGGACAGAAGUAACUUCUAACUUUUUUUUUUUUUUUUUUCUUCACCCUUCCCUCUCCUCCCGAUUCAUCUCAUGACCUCUCCUCACUCCAUGCUUGCCUUACUCAGCUUGCAGGUUGGUGCCGGUGAAGUGCCUGUGAAGUUUGUUUUUUGUGGGUUUUUUUUUUUUUCCUCUUCUUCCUCGUGUCUGUUGUCUUGGCUGAACACUCCUUAAACGAUAAAGGAUUGCAGUAUUUUGAGUUGGUAGCAAGUGCCUUCUGACAAGCCCGUUGCGUCUCUCGCUGUCGAGGUCAACCCCAAUAGAUCACACAGGGCGCUCGUCUCCCAUUUUGUACCACCGAGGUAUUUGAUUAAAGAAAAGAAAGAAAUCUGUAAAUAUUUGUACAUAGUAAAGGAGUCGCUGUGUAUAUUUGAAUUUAGUAAAUUAAGUCACAAUUUUUUUUAAUUACUAUUAUAAUUAUGAUUGAAAUUUAUUAAUAUUUUUGUUUUUUUCUUUUACAAUGCCAUUCCUUUUAUUUAUGCCAGUUGACAUAGGCAGGUUUUAUAUAAGUAUACAGCAUCCACAGUCAGAACAGUAAUGUAAUCAAAGUGCAUCUUUUUUUUUUUUUUUUUUCCUUUCACGUUGAUGCAGGUAAUUCUUUAAAUUUAGGUGGUAUAUUGUGGCGUGCGUUUUUCUUCCGUUUAACAACAACAACAAAAAAAUCCUCUAUGCCCUUCUCAGCAUCUGUCCUUCCUUGCUGUUAUGGAAACCUGCAGAAAUUCCUGAUACAUGUCGAAGCUAUGGGGCCAAAGGUGCCUUUGUUAUGGCACUGGUCUCUCCUACGAUGUGAAACUGUGUUCUUGCUCCUGGCUUUUUUUUUUUUUUUUAAAUUUGAGGCUUCAUGAAGGGAACAAAAAUUUUUGUUGUAAAGCAGUUUGUGUUUGAGGUACAAACGAAAAUGGAUUACCUCCAGAAGUGUCCCCCCCUCUCUCACACACCUUUCAGUUUCAUGUUGAAUAUUACUCUUACUCUUGUGCGUGGCUCCUUUUUGCCACAGAUGAGAAGAUUCAAAAUAAAAGAAUUGAAAUAUCCUGAA